CCCUGACACUCCCCCAGCACAAACCACGCUGGAUGUCAGACAUGAAGCUGCACCAGAGACGCUUCACUCCGGGACUGGCUCUAAUCCAUCCCUCAGCCGGAGGCAUCUCAGGACAAUAUGCGGCUCACAGGGAGCCAGUGACACUUUGGGCUGAUCCCCACAUGAGAACAAGCUGCUGACUUGUACCCCUGCACGUUACUGGGCUCAGCUGAGUUUGAAUAGAGCCGAAGUGCAAUGAAUGCCCCCUUCCACCUUGGUCCCCGACCCCACUCAUGGGAUGUGGCAUCUUAACGCUUCGGAUUGGCUCUGGGCACCUGGGAGCACUGAGGGCUCAGCCCAAAGUCUCCCUCCUACUGACUAUGCUCUUCCUAUUCACCUAUUUCUUCUACUGCCUCACCGGCUCCUGUUGUGACUCUCAAGCGGGUAUUGGCUCUUUGCGCUCCCGGUAUCCUGUGGGGUCGGCGGGGUCGGGUCCCAUGGGGACUGCAGUUCUUGUAGCGCAGGACCCUCUGCGUUCAGACCUGAAGCCUAGGAACUCUCUGCUCUUGGAUUCCAUCCUUAGGGAUUCUUUGCGUUCUGACUCUGCUCUUGGGAACUUUCAAGGCUCUGACUCUGCACUGAAGGAUUCUCUGCGCUCUGGUUCUGCGUCAAGGGAUUCUCUGCGCUCUGGUUCUGCGUCAAGGGAUUCUGACAGCUCAGUCUCUGCACUUAGAGACCCUUUACAUUCAGAAUUUGUAUUGAAGGACUCUCUGCGCUCUGGUUUUUCGCCAAGGGACUCUCCUGCUCUUUGGAGCUCUCUCAGUUCUGGAUCUAGUCUAAUGGACAGAUUGCGCCCCAGUAUUUCCCAAAACCACUUCGGACCUGCUAAGGAAAACACAGUGGAACCUGUUUCUGACCCAAAGGACUCUUUGCACUGGCAGGAAAGCUCCAAGGACCCCCUGAGCUCUGGCUUUGACCUGAAGGGCUCUCAACUGUCAGACUCUCAACUGCCAGACUCUCAACUGUCAGACUCUCUGCGCUCUGACUCGCAUAUAAGGGACCCCUUGCGCUCUGCCCCAGUAGGAAGGACACACAUAUUGGGCGCUGAGUAUUCCCAGCAACCCGACUCAUCAGAUUCACUAGAGAGUCAGAAUAAAGACAUAACGAGUCACAGAAGGGCACAGAAUGGGACCUCUCCAAACCCCUUCCCUGCUCCCAGUACCGGUGCGAUCUCCAUCCACAACAGUUUUGGCACUAAAAGGUUCCCCCAGGCUAUCAUAGUGGGGGUGAAGAAAGGGGGGACCCGAGCCCUGCUGGAGUUCCUGAGAGUGCACCCCGAUGUCAGGGCAUUGGGGGCCGAACCACACUUUUUUGACAGGUGUUAUGACAAGGGGCUGGAGUGGUACAGGAACUUGAUGCCAAGGACCUUUGAAGGUCAGAUCACCAUGGAGAAAACUCCAAGUUAUUUUGUUACCAUGGAAGCUCCAAAGCGAAUUUACAACAUGUCUAGUGAUACCAAGCUCAUAGUGGUGGUGAGAAAUCCAGUUACCCGGGCAAUCUCAGAUUAUACGCAGACACUCUCUAAAACACCAUCUUUGCCCAGCUUCCAAGCACUUGCUUUUAAAAACACUACUGGACCUAUCGACACCUCCUGGAGUGCCAUCCGCAUUGGUAUUUAUGCCAAGCACCUAGAUAACUGGCUGCAGUAUUUCCCUCUGUCCAAAUUCCUAUUCGUCAGUGGAGAGAGGCUUGUUAGCGACCCCUCAGGAGAAAUGGGUCGUGUUCAGGACUUCUUGGGACUGAAAAGGGUCAUAACUGAUAAACAUUUUUAUUUCAAUGAAACCAAGGGCUUUCCGUGUCUAAAGAAACCAGAGGGAAGCAGCAAACCAAGGUGCCUGGGCAAAUCUAAAGGACGGCCACAUCCAAACAUAGACACCAAUGUCUUGCAACGCCUACAGGAGUUUUACAGACCCUACAACCAGAAAUUCUAUCAGAUGACUGGGCAAAACUUUGGUUGGGACUGAUAAUGUGUAUGUCUGAAGUUGGUCAAUGUUUUCACUUUGGUGCCCCAAAUGGAAAGAGGAAGAUUAACCAUUGUUCCUUAGGGCAGAGACGCGGGAUGGCACUCAGGGCGUUUCGUUUUCCAAAGUCGCCCGAGUUUCCUCGUAAGGCAGCUUCGGGCGUCUUCGGAAAAUGAAGUGCUCCGAGUGCCAUCCCGCCGGCGAUUUUCAUUCUACCCGGCGGAAAUGCAGGGGAGGCAGUUUGAGGAGAUUAGUCGGCAGGCAACUAAUCUCCCCGAAUCGUAUCGUGUGUCUCUGCCCUUAGAAGUGAACUCAGCCAUUAUUAAAUAAAGGCACCCACUGACUUUGCAUUAGCCAUGCUUUGUAUCCACCCAACACUCAAAAGACUUUAUACAUAUCCUAUCCAUUCUCCACUACCGAGUGGAAACGGCUUUCAUCUUUCUAUCAUUGUGAUACCUAUUUAUAUCUGAGAGGACAUGAUGUAUGCUAAGGAGUAGAGACCAAUAUUUAAAGCACAAAGUGAGAAAAAAAAAUUGUAUCACCUAUGAAUUUUAUGUUUUAUUUGAUAUAUGCAAAUAAAAAUU